GCGGGGCCGGCCCGUUGGCGGCGCGGGCGCCGUUAGCUGUUGCGUGCGUUGGGGGGUCGGUGCCCCUGCGGGCGCUUGCGAACCUUAUUCCGGUAGCGCUAGCUAUCCGGAGUCCUUCAGCCUAGUCUGCUGCCCGAGGCAUCAUCUGCUGCCGGCAAAGGUCUUGUCUUAUCCCUGCAGUGCUUUACAGGGAGAUGCGAGGGAGCCGUUUGUGUGCUCAGAACUGAAAGAGCAUGGGCUUGUGAUUACCAUGGCUGCGGUGGAUCGUUUCUACCUCUUGUACAGAGAGAUCGGUCGUGCCUGCAAUUUUUACAUCGAGGCCCUGGCUAUAGUUGGAGCUUGGUAUACAGCUAGAAAGUGCAUCAGUUUUGCUCAUAACACUUACAGUCUACUCAGGUUGCAUUUCCUUCCAAAGCUGGUCGGCGAGAUCGAUCUUGUCAAGCGGUAUGGAAGAUGGGCUGUAGUCACCGGUAGCACAGAUGGUAUUGGGAAAGCCUAUGCUGAAGAGCUGGCAAGGCGAGGUGUCAAUAUCAUCCUAAUCAGCCGAAACAAAGAGAAGCUAGAGGCUGUAUCUCGAAGCAUAGCUGAAACCUAUAAAGUGGAAACAGAUUUCAUAGUAGCUGACUUCAGCAAGGGGCGUGAGGCUUACCUACCCAUUAAGGAGGCCCUGAAAGACAGAGAAAUUGGAAUUUUGGUGAAUAAUGUAGGGCUAUUUCAUUCCUACCCGGACUACUUUACCAACCUGUCUGAGGAUGUGCUGUGGGAAAUGAUCAAUGUAAAUAUCGCUUCUGCUAACAUGAUGGUGCAUAUUGUGCUGCCAGGCAUGGUAGAGAAGAAAAAGGGUGCUAUUGUGAAUAUAUCUUCUGCCGUCUGCUGUCGACCUACGCCAAUGUUGACAGUAUACGGAGCCUCUAAAAGCUACAUGGACUAUUUCAGUAGAGCAUUACAUUAUGAGUAUGCCUCAAAAGGAAUCUUCUUUCAGAGUUUAACUCCAUUCAUAGUUACUACAAAAAUGGUAGCGUGCAGUAGCAUUGUAUCAAAAAGAUCCUUCUUUUUUCCUUCUGCUGAAGAAUAUGCAAGUCAAGCUAUUUCUACUCUUGGGUUGUCCAAGAGGACUACUGGUUACUGGAAGCAUGCGUUACAGGUCACAUUGGGUGAACACAUACCUGAGUGGAUCUGGGCGUGGGCUGCACAGUUUAUCGGCAGAAGUAUACGCAAGGAAGCUUUAACAAGCAAACUGAAAUUAGAAUAUCCAGAUGUCCAGCAUAAAUGAGUACAAUAUUCUGAUCUUAGUGCUGCAAGAAUGUUCGGAAUACCCUGAAUUCACUGUAAUUUAUCCAUAAUCUGCUAAACAAACUGCGUGUAACCUGGGCAUCAGAAGCCUGCCUUCUGUCUGUAUCCUUGUGUUUAAUAGCUCCUUCUCUGUUUUCCUCUAGGACAAAGAGAUUAUCUUGUUGAGGUUAACCUUGGUUUGCUUUGUCCUUAAGCAAGGAAUUGGGAAAGAGCAGGUAGAGUUUUAAUUCUGAUAGUUGAAUGACCGUCUCUUGCAUAGUGCUAAAUGAUUUCCACUUAAGUCAACAGGAUUUGAGAAUUCCCCAAAUCUUGCAAAAACGGGCCCAAAAGAGAUCCAAAAUCAUGCUGCUUAAAAAGACAAUCCCGGUCAACUAAUGAGUUUCUUUAACAUGCAGUUUUGUGUAACAUUUCUGGUCUUUUAACUGCAAGCGUCUGUAUGCCUUAAGUGUAAAAUUAUUUUGCUUUUGAAUGGUGUUACUUAAGGUACUUCUCAAAAUUAAGGUAUAUGGAAAGUAAUAUUGUUUUGAAAGUUGUUUAAAUGACUGCAAAGGUCUUACAGAGCUGUAAAGCAAUUUGGAGACGUGCUUGUUUGCGUUCCUGUUCCAAGUGUGGACACUCUUGAUCAUGCUUCAAUCUGAAGUAUGUCUGAAGAAUUGAAUGUAGAAACAGAUUAGCUGAAGAAAAAUAACAAAUAAUUUAAUCUUUUGGUACAAAUACGCUGAUUGUCUGUCUUAAGAGAAUAAAAAAGUAAAGUUUUGAUGCUUGA